GUUUGCUCAUCUCCUUUGUCAUAUUGUGCAUGAUCUGGGUGUACUGAUCACAUUGUGAUUUUAGGUUUUUUCCCCUUCCUCUGAAUUUUGGCUAAAUGGUGGGAUGAUUAAAAAAGAAAAGUAAUAGUAAUAGACUGUUUGCAAAGACAUGCCCAGUUUCUGUAAGCCAAUCAAAUUCUGAUUUGCUAAUCUCCAUACCCAAAUAUGCAGUUUCACUCAAAUAAGUCCCAUUUCCUUUACAUAUUGUCUUCAGAUCCUUCACAGUAAUUCAAUAUUGUGCCAACAACUUGCCUAAUGCCUUUUUAGACAAUGUUAUCACAUGCACAGUGCAUGAAUGCAUGAGUUUCUGUAUCCAGGGAGUUUUGGAGCAAGUAAGAUGUAGGAUUUCCUAAAUGAUUAAAUACAUGAAUGAGCAAAGUUUUACUCUUCAGAAUCCUUCAAAAUAUUGUAAGACUUCAUCUGCUGUUGAACCCCUGAGUGUAAACUAAGUAUUUCUUACAUGGCCUUUAAACUGCUACUGAAAUAAAAGGUUCUUCUAGUUGGUGGUGGGGGGAGAUGGCUGGAUACAGAUGUAAAAUAUCUGCCCUAAAGUAAUAUUUUGCCCAACAUGAACACAACUUAUUAUCUUGUCUGGCCACCUUUUUGUUAUGCUCAUAAGCAAUGCUGAAUGAGUGGAUGAAUGCAGGCAGAGUGUCCUCUCUGCCUCAAUAUAAUGCAAAUCUAGAGAAGUCAGGGAAAGAAAUGCAAGGUGACAUUGAAGAAUUUAAUUAGAUCUUUCUCAUUUUAGGUCAGAGUGGGGCUGGAAACAACUGGGCCAAAGGCCAUUAUACUGAAGGUGCUGAGCUGGUGGACUCGGUGCUGGAUGUUGUGCGUAAGGAGGCUGAGAGCUGUGACUGCCUACAGGGCUUCCAGCUCACUCACUCCUUGGGUGGGGGCACCGGAUCAGGCAUGGGCACGCUGCUCAUCAGUAAGAUCCGUGAGGAGUAUCCCGACCGCAUCAUGAACACAUUCAGUGUUGUGCCGUCUCCUAAAGUCUCUGACACUGUGGUGGAACCCUACAACGCCACUCUGUCUGUGCACCAACUGGUGGAGAACACUGACGAGACGUACUGCAUUGACAAUGAAGCACUUUAUGACAUCUGUUUCCGCACUUUAAAGCUCACAACUCCCACUUAUGGAGAUCUCAACCACCUUGUUUCUGCCACCAUGAGUGGUGUAACCACCUGCCUCCGUUUUCCUGGGCAGCUCAAUGCUGACCUGCGAAAACUGGCUGUCAAUAUGGUGCCCUUCCCUCGUCUGCACUUCUUUAUGCCUGGUUUUGCCCCACUCACCAGCAGGGGGAGCCAGCAGUACCGUGCACUCACCGUGCCUGAACUAACACAGCAGAUGUUUGAUGCUAAGAAUAUGAUGGCGGCGUGUGAUCCACGCCAUGGCCGCUACCUGACUGUGGCCGCUGUCUUCCGGGGCCGCAUGUCUAUGAAAGAGGUGGAUGAGCAGAUGCUCAAUGUGCAAAACAAAAACAGCAGCUAUUUUGUGGAAUGGAUCCCCAACAAUGUCAAGACAGCUGUAUGUGACAUCCCACCAAGAGGGCUUAAGAUGGCUGCCACCUUCAUUGGCAACAGCACAGCCAUCCAGGAGCUGUUCAAGCGCAUCUCGGAGCAGUUCACAGCCAUGUUCAGGAGAAAGGCCUUCCUGCAUUGGUACACAGGAGAAGGAAUGGAUGAGAUGGAGUUCACUGAGGCAGAGAGCAACAUGAAUGACCUUGUGUCUGAGUACCAGCAGUACCAGGAUGCCACAGCUGAAGAGGAGGGCGAGUUUGAGGAAGAGGCAGAAGAGGAAUUGGCAUAAAGAUGUUAAUCUUUCACAUGUUCACACUUCCACAAUUUCCAUGUUUUUCUGUUCCUUGAAAUUGAUAUGAAGUUCAGUUAACUCCACCUUUGUACUUUCAAACUUUCUAAUAAAUGUUUAAACUGGG